UCAUGUGUGAAUAACGCGAAAUCAACGUCAUUCCAGUUCUGCCGAAUAAAAAGAAUUUUUUUGCAAAGUUGUGUACAUAUACCUUUAUAUUUUUUAUUGUCUAUACUGUAUAUGUAUAUAAAUGUGUGUCAAGCAAGUCCAAUUGAGAGGAUAAUAUGGAAACGUGCGAAAUAAGCUAAACGCGAGUGUCUCAUUGUGAUUUUUUUUACGUAAAAUACAAUUACACUUUAUUAUUUUCUUAAUAGAAUAAUAAAUCUGGGAGUGCUUUGUUUCGUGAAUUUUUUUCUUCCUGUUCAUGCGUCCUAACCAUUCUGUUCGUACCAAAAAACCUCCCCUCUCUUGUACUCUCUCCUCCUCUCUUUUUUCUGGUAGGCACCUAACUACAGCAUAUUUUUAACAGAAGUGUUCGUCCAUCUCUCCUCUCAACCAUUCUUAACAGCUGGCAAUUGCCAAUAUGUCCGUUGUGGAUAAGAUUCAGCAUUAUCAACGAAGUCUAGAAAGAUGCACCGACGACGGAAGCAGGACUCUUCACUGCAUAGAAAAACUCUACCGAUUGCCAGUAACUGUUCAGCAUCUCCAGGAAACUGGAGUUGGCAGAACAGUGAACGCUUUGAGAAAGUACGACGGUAGUAUCGGAGAUGCGGCUAAAGCUCUAGUUGCCAAGUGGAAGACGAUGGUGGUCGAUGAAGACACGAGUGAUUGCGACGACGAGGACGAGGCGUGUGUACCUGAUGCACCCGAGGGCUACAGCGAUCAUUCGAAUUCGCCGAAACCUGAAAAAAAUAACAAGAAUCAAUCUUCCAGAAAUUCCUCAAAACAUAGGAGCGCUGAGUCUGGAGAGAAAAGUCGACAUAGCGAAAAGCACGAAUCUCGUCACAGUAUGAAGACCACGUCAGCAGAAAACUCAAAAUCGCGUGAAAACGAGACAAAAACAUCGAGAGAGAGCGACGAGAGACAUAAAACUUCGAAAAACGGAAUAGACAGGAAAAAGGUGAAGAGUGAGGAGAAAAGUUCGAAAAGUACGAAAGAAUCGAAAAAUGAACUAGGCAAACACGAGUCUUCGAGGGAGGAAGGAUCGAGUCGUAGCUCUGCAACGACAAGCAGCGCGAAUACAAAAAUAAAAACAGAAGAGGAGCGUAAAAAUUCGAGUAAAGUUUCAAGCACCAGCGGCAGUGGUAAUCACAGCGGAACGAGCAAAGACCGAUCAAAAAGUCAUGAUUCACAAAGAAAACGAAAAUUGGAUGCUUCCUUGAACGAGAAAGAAUCCAGCAAGAAAAGGAUAAGUUUGGAAUCGCCGGACGAUACGGACCGUGUGUGCAACGAGGGUCAUGACAGUAUAGACGACGACGACGACGACAGACCAACCCAAAUAAUUUCAAGAGAUUCGGAUAAUGAAUCUGGUAGGAAUCAACCUGACACUUGCUUCAACUCUGACUCUGACGAUAGUGUAUUGAAAAAAAAAAUAAAACGUGAAAUUCUCGAUUCACCAUCAUUCGGUGAACGUAGAAGCGUUGAUUAUAGAAAUUCUCAAAAUUCUGAAAAAUCCUCGAAAUCAAAGAAUCGCGAUAAUACUGAUAAAUAUUCAUCAAGUACCUCUGAAAAAUUAAAACGCGACAAUGAUAAACGCGAAAGAUCAAAGGCCGACGGUGAAAUUUCAGGACAUCGCAAAAACGAGAAACGAAAAGACGAUACAACUCGUAAUCAAAACAAAGAAUCUUCGUCUAAAUUGAAAAGUCAGACCAAAAGUUCCUCUAGUUCUAAGGAUCACAGUAGCAAAGACAAGGAUGACGUUCGAAGAUCUUCGAAAAACAAGAAAGAUGAUAAAUCCGACACUAGUGGCAAAGAUUCGAGGGAACAAUUCAAAGAGCCCAUGGACAAAAAAAUUAAAAAGAAAAAGAUUAGCGAAGACGAUGGUAUCGAUUGUAACUCGGGUGCGAGUUUUGCAGAGGCACUCGGCAUGUGUCAAGAUCGUCCAUCAUCUCGAAAGAAAAAUCCUGUUUCCCCAACAUCACCAAUGAUCAAAACUAUUAAAACAGAACCAGGCACUUCGUCGUCGUCGUCGUCGUCGUCGAUGCCUUCGAGCAGUAGAAGUACCGUUAAAGUUAAAUCGGAGUUUCCAACCAGCAACGAUUCUCAAGCAUUAUCGUUAUUAGCUCCAAAUAUUAAGCUAGAACCACUAAACGUCGAUUUGGCUUCAACAUUGCCAGAAAUAAGCCCCAAUUACAAACCACUGCCUGCUCAUUACAUCAAUCCUAUUCAUCGUAAACAAGAUGAAGACAAAGCUCUGAGUGACGUUAUCUAUACAAAGGGCCAAAGAACAAAAGUAUAUUCCGGAAAUAAGUCUGGCUAUACGACCGUACCCUCACUCUGCGAAGUUUGUAUCCGUGUUCUUAUUCAGCAUAUGGACGCUCUCGGUUUUACCGGUGGCAUUCCAUACGACAUUUUGAAGCCGGUACUGGAACGUGCGAUGCCCGAUCAACUAUUCACAUUGGAAAAUUAUAAUCCAUAUUUGAUCGAAGAUACCGAUUCUCUGUGGCAAUUCCAUUGUAACCGAGAAUUCCGCGAAAAGCGACGAGAAGAAAUGGAAAGUUGGCGCGACAUGUACAUGCGCUGCCGUGACGAGAGGGAAGUUAAAUUGAAAGCUCUCACUGCAAAUAUAAAAGAGUCGAUCGACAAAUCUGUGCCAGUUAGAUCAACGAAACUGGCUUAUGUCGACAAUAUUGUAAAACCUCCGCGUAACGUACUACGCAACCAAGCAAAAUAUGGUACCGCCAAGUCAUCAACUUCGUCGUCAGACUUGAAAAAAAAAUUGAUACUUAGCGGUAGCAGCACCUCUGCGACAAAUAUUGCUGUACCUCCGCCGCCAAUGUCACGUAUGAAAACAGCUCCUUCAAACAAUGGGAAGAAGAACAAGGCACCACUUAUGGCGAAGGCGUUACAACUGAUAAAAUCCCGAUACAAGCGAUAGUUUUAAUAUCCAAUAUCCAAGCCAUGGAAACAAACUUUCCAUGCUUAAAGAUGUGUACAAUGUCUAGACGUGAUUUUUUUUAUAUUACUUUUCUUCCGUCUGAACUUCCCCACAUUUGCUUCGUAUGAAUCGAAUCGUGAAAAAGAGUGAUAUUGAUGUUUGUCUUUUAUGUUUUUCUUUUUUCGUUUCUCAAUUACGUAAUGCAUGUAAAUCAAUUUAUACAUAUUUGGAAGAUUGUUUGUCAAAAAGCGUCAAAUGACGAUAAUGCCAUUCGAUUACUUCUCACUUUACUGGAUUAUGACCAGUUGAAAUUUACAAUACAUGUAUUAUGUCUGUCUCGAAAUUGUUCGUGCCAAGAAAAUUUAACGAAAUUAAUUUUCGUUUGAGCAUCAAUAACAUUACAUGAAAUAUUGGGUAUGUGAAUACAACUUCCAUUCCUCUUUUAUCGCUAUAUUUUCACUUAACAGUACAACAAACAAAACGAACAAAACAUUUGUUGACCCAUUAUCCGUUGAAUAUGCUUAAAGUAUUUUGUUCUUUGCAUUGGAUUAUUUAAUAAAAUAUAAAAUAAACAGUGA